GCUCCUCCUGUUAGGCGCACGAGUCUCUCUCUCUCAUCUCAUCUCUCAUCUUUCCCCCCACACACACGAGUCUGUCUCUCGAACACACGCACGAGUCAGUCUCUCGCUCACGAGUCUCUCGAUUGUUGACUGACCUGCUCACGCGGGGACCUACUCGCAGGACUUAUCAGCCACCGCCGCCGCCGCACCUGUGGCACGGAUCACGACACCUUUGGGAUUUUGACAGCAAGAAGCCAUCAUCGCUUCGUCUUCUUUAUCGAAGCUCUUCAACUGCACCCACGCCCCCCCCACCUCCUCGUGGGAGUCACGCUCCACCGACUCCACAACCGCCGCGUCCCUCCCUCCAAGGAGCGGGCGAUCUCUUCUCGGGGAACCCUGGCCGCUCAGGUGGCCACGUCCCGGUUCGCGCCCUGUCCCGCGCAGCGCGAUGCCGGCAUGAGCGUCUGCAGCAGCAGCCGUCAAGCGCCCUCAUCCUCCUCCUCCUACCCCUCUCCACGGAGCGCCAUGCCGUGCGCUGCGCGCGUCCCCUUCGCCGCCACGGGGGUCUCGGUGGGGUCCCCGCUGGGACCCUCCGGCGAGGCCUCCUCGCUGCUCCACGCGGCCGCGUUCCCCCAGCUGCCGUCGGCCGAGGCGGAGGAGGAGCGUCUGCUGAGCGAGCUCACGGGCCCAGACUUUUUCCGCUUCAGCAUGGAGAUCGUGAAUGCGGACGCGGCGGCGAUUAGCGCGUUCUCGCCCUGCUCCUCCUCCUCAUCCUCCUCGUCCUCCUCGUCCUGCUCGCCCUUCUCCUCGUCCGCCUCCUCCUCCAACGCCGCCGUCUCGUCCUCAUCGCCCGUCGCCUCUCUUCCCGGCGGAUUCGCAUUCUUCUCGAACGCGCACGGGAACCGGCACCAGUACCACCACCAGAGCGCGUCGCCGUUCGACGCCGUCUCGGCCCAGGUGCACGCGGCGGUCAAGACGGAACCCCACGUGGACUACACCUGCCACAUGCAGCUGCAGCAUCUGCAUCACCUACAGCAGGACCCGCAAAUGCACCUACAGCAGCAGCACCACCACCAGCACCACCAGCAGCAGCAGCAGCCCAAGUUGGAAGACCUGCAUCUCGCCGCGUCCACACUCCACCUCCUGCCCUCGCCUCCCUCCUCUCCGCCGACGUCGCCGCAUUUGCAGCAGCAGCAGCCGCAGCAGCAGCAGCAGCAGCUCUACGGCGGUGCCGCCUCCCAGUCUGAGCAGGGCUGCCCCUGGGGGGUGUCCUUUUACGCGGGUCUCUGCUGCGGGCUCCCCGAUGCGGAGAUGCAGCAGCAGCAGCAGCUCUUGCCCCCCAUCGCAUGCACGCAGUCCCCACCGGACACCCCCACAGCCACAGGGGCUCACGAUCUCUCCGGCUUCACGCGCCGCUCCGUCGCCUCUCCCUCCUCGUCGUCGUCGUCGUCCUCCUCCUCCUCCUCGUCGUCCCCGUGCCCCCUCGUUUCGCAGGGCGCCGUGCACAGCUUCUCAUUCCCGCCGUGCGGCGUCGGGGCGCCCGCGUUUGGAACGGGCAUGGUGUCCACGACGGAGCUGACCGGACAGCUUUCUCCGCAUCAUCACCAUCAUCAGCAGCACCAGCAGCACCAGCAGCAGCAUCAUCAUCAGCAGCAUCAGCAGGGCUCGGGCGAGGGGAUGUGCGCUGUGUGUGGUGAUAACGCGGCGUGUCAGCACUACGGGGUCCGCACGUGCGAGGGCUGCAAAGGAUUUUUCAAGCGCACGGUGCAGAAAGGAGCGCGCUACGUGUGCCUGGCGAGUCGGAGUUGCCCCAUUGACAAGAGGAGACGCAACCGAUGCCAGUUCUGCCGUUUCCAGAAGUGUCUGGGCGUGGGCAUGGUGAAAGAAGUGGUUCGCACGGACAGCCUCAAGGGUCGCCGUGGCCGCCUCCCAUCCAAACCCAAGAGCCCGCAGGACGGGUCGCCCAGUACGGGACCCGCGGGGGGCGCAGGGGCGGGGCUCCUGGCGGGGGAUGGAGGGGCGGGGCUCCUGGCGGGGGAUGGAGGGGCGGGGCUCCUGGCCGGAAUUCUGGCGGCGCACAAGGAGUUGAUGCCGGACUUGGGCAAGUUGGAUUACUCCAGGUGCGAGUCCACGGAACAGCAACAGCAGCAGGGACCCGCGUCCCCGUGCGUGUCGGACGCGGAGAGCGUGAGCCUCUUCUACUCCCUCCUCGCCGCCUCCGCGCGCGCCCUCGCCGCCUGGGCCGACCGCACGCCAGGCCUGCAGGGCCUCGGCCCCCACGACCGUGCGCUCCUCCUCGAGUCCGCGCUCCUGGAGCUCUUCGUGCUGCACCUUGCCUUCAGCUCGGACCCAGGCCGUGGCCGCCUCGUGUUCUGCACGGGCCAGGCGCUGCACGUGUCCACGUGUGCGCCCGCCUUCGGCCAGUGGCUCCAGCCGGUGAUGGAGUUCGCGCGGGGCCUGCGCGCCCUGCAGCCGCACGCAGACUCCCUCGCCUUCCUCGCGACGCUCGUGCUCCUCAGCGACCGUCACGGCCUUCAGGAUCCACUGCGGGUGGAGGAGCUAAGGACACGGGUCCUGGCCGCCAUGCAGCAGCAUCAUCAUCAGCAGCAGCAACAUCAUCAGCAGCAGCAGCAUCUGAGUGCGCUGCUCUCCCAGCUCAGGGACCUGCGUCCCCUGUGCACCCAGGGGCUGCAGAGGAUUUUCUACCUGAAGCUGGAAGACCUCGUCCCUCCUCCCCCCAUCAUCGACAAGCUCAUGGACACGCUGCCCUUCUGAAGCGCCUGCGGAUGAACCCGGCGGGAAUAUCCUAUCGGGGCAGCGUCACUCGGCGCCGCUGACCCGUGCCGUUCACCCACCGCCACACUCGGUGUGGAAUUGGAAGAGCGCGCUCGACAGCUCGUGUAGUAGCGCCCCGACCGUUGGAUGUACUGAACCUGCGGACCUUCGGAAGAUAACCUCCGUGGUUACCGCCGUAGUUAACUCUGGGAGUUGUACCCACGACUCGUGUGGUGGAGAUGAACUCACAGGUGCGUGGACCCAGAGGGCGGCUCGGACUCUGGGAGUUGACCUGCAGAGUCGCCCGUUUGGGAGUUAACCCGACAAGCGGAUGAUGGCCCAGCGCACGGGGCAAAAUGCGGCACAAGAAGAUGGGCAUUUCCCCCCCCCCCCGCCCCCGAGACUGCAUCUCAUCGCCGUGGAUCGGAGCGGGUCACAGUUGCACAUCCGUGCCUGGUGUUUGUAUUGGGGAGUGUAAUGUAAAGGGGGGGGGGGGUUAUAGGGGUAUGUUGGGGUGUCAGCCCCCUGCUCCCACCCGGUGUUAGAGACUUUGAUCGCCACGUGUCGUCAAUCGCACACCUGGAUCGGAGAGCGUACACCCAAACGUUUUCUUUCGUCGAGGAGACAGUAUAUAUAUAUAUACUGUAACGUUUAUAUACUGUAGGCAUUUUAUCGCUGGUGUCCAUUUUGCCAUGUCUGUAUAGACUGCAUUUUUAAAUAUGAAGGGGAUUUCUUUCUUCUUGUGGAUGGAGGUGGGGGGGGGAGGGAAUUGAAUAUGUGCCUGGAAACCAUACACUUUAUAUACAUAGAUAUACAAAUAUAAGAGAGAGAGAGAACGUUUAUAAAUAUAGAGAACUAUUCUAACGAUGAAAAAAAGUCGAAUUUUAAAAAACAAAAACCUCCACGCGACUCGAGCCAUGCCUUGGAAGCCAUCACCGAGUGCUGACGCGCGUGACCGUCCCGCACGGCUUCAUCAUCAAUGGGGGUUGUGGUUGGGAACCGUUCAUCGGAGCGACUUUCCUGUUGCCCGUUCUCCGACGUCGUCGCUCCCCGCUUCGCAAACGCAGUCGCGCACAAGCGAGCCCCUUUCGCCGAUGGGGUUAAGUUAUUGGAUUGGUUAUUGAUACAGCAACGCCCGUGUUAAGACCGCGAGAAGAGGCGAAUGACUCACGAGUGGAGGGGCCCCUUUCCGCCAGCAGCGGCGAUUAUAAAACAGUUGCACGGCUGCGCCUUUGCAUUUUACAUUGUUAGGCUUCGGUUGGGCCCGGGGCCUUCCCAUCUGGCCUGGAAGCUUGGCCCAAAAGGUGGCCUCAAUCGAACCAGGGCAGCACCGUUGGCAGAGUUGUAAUUCUAGUUUGUUAUUUACCUUUAUACAACGGAAAACAUUAAAAACCAUUUUCGUAUUAAACAAA